AUGAUACGUUCACUAUCAUCAUCAUCCUCGUCAUCAUCACCAAUCUCAUCAAGUUCCUUACUGACGCUAAGAAAUAUCAGGUAUUUCUCUUCAUUGAUCAAGAACAUCCCAUUGGCUCCCGCUGAUAAGAUAUUAGGUUUAACAUCUGAAUUCAAUCAUGACCAAAACAAUAAAAAGGUUAACCUAACAGUAGGAAUUUACAAAGAUGCCUUUGGUAAAGUAACUCCCUUCCCCUCGGUACGUCAAGCUCAAAAUCUACUAAAUAAAAAUCAUUCCAACUCAAAAUAUAAUAAUUUAUCAUAUCUACCAAUAACAGGUUGUAAAGAUUUCGAAACCAAUGUAACUAACUUCCUAUUCAAUGACUCUAUAAAUAAACCAACCCUAAUUGAAGACAAUAGAAUAUCAUUCAUUCAAACAUUAAGUGGUACAGGUGCCAUCUCUAUAGCUUCCACUUUCAUUACAAAAUUCUUAUCAAAUGAAAUCAUAAUACCAAAUUAUUCCUGGGCAAACCAUUCAAACAUCCUCCAAAAAAAUGGUUUCAAAAAUAAUAUCAAUCAUUACCCAUAUUAUGAUCCAAUCACGGGCAAAUUAUCAAUAAAUAAAUGGAAACAAUACCUUCGAUCCACUCAUUCAUCUAAAUCCACUAUGCCAAGAUCCAUCCUAUUACACGCAUCGUGUCAUAACCCAACUGGUGUAGACCCAACAUUGAAACAGUGGGAAGAAAUAAUAGAUAUAAUACAUGAAUUGAAAAUGAUCCCUAUAAUCGAUAUGGCAUAUCAAGGUCUUGAAACAGGAAAUUUGUUCCAAGAUUGUCAAUUAUUAAAAUUAUGUCUUGAUGAAUCUCGAUAUCCUAAAGGUUGGAAAAAUGGAUUAUUCUUAUGUCAAUCUUUUGCUAAGAAUAUGGGACUUUAUGGUGAAAGAGUUGGAUCUUUAAGUAUUGUUUUACCUCCGGGGCAGGAAGAAGGUUCUCCUGAAUCCGUUAUGAAAGAUAAGAUUAACUCUCAAUUGAAACGGAUUGUUAGAGGUAUGUAUUCUUCACCACCAGGGUAUGGUUCUAAGAUUGCAAAUAUUAUAUUGUCUGAACCGGAUUUGAAACUGAGAUGGAUUAAAGAUGUUAAAUUUAUGGUUGAUAGAUUAAAUCAAGUUAGAUUGAUGCUUUAUGAAAGAUUGAAUUGGAAUGACUUGAUUAAUAAUGAACUAAUCAUGGGAUGUUUAUUUCACUAG